AUGGUUUGCGGCCGGGACCCCACAGUGUCUCCAAAAGAACUGCUGCAUCUCGCGCGAACCAGUCGUUACCUCUCCGAGCCGGCCCUCGACGUCAUUUGGCACACGUUGCCCUCCAUAUGGCCCGUGCUUCUCCUGCUCCCCAAGGACCUGUUUCUACUACGCCACAUAGAGAUAGAAGAUGAAAAUGAAGAAGAAUUUUCAAGCAUUUACAAAUCCUUCUUCGAAUAUGAUCGGGGAAGGUGGGAAUUUACAUUCCUCCGUGAGCCCAUUCUGGACGACUUCCUUCUCUGGACCAAGUAUUCGAGCCGUGUUCGCAGUGUCGAUUCAGAUGCUAUGAGUGACUUCCUCGGCUUCCUUUCGUCUGACACCGUCAACACGCUGCAGCACCACUGCCCAAAGCCGUUCCUACCAAAACUGGCCACACUCUCAUACUCGGAGCGUACUUUUUCCAAAAGCGACAGUGUUUCCCUCCCCGCCAGUUUCCACUUCUCGCCCAACCUCAAAGUGGUGGACAUCACUGUCGCUACACAUCCCGACCCCGACCAUCUACGUGACAUCAUCAACGACAUGGCUCUUCUGGCACCGCACGUAGAGGAGCUAUCGCUCUUCAGAUACACGCAUCACUACUUCUUAUCGCGUCAAUCCAAGACGUAUAAGCCGUGCCUUCGCGGAAUCGAGACCUCCCAGCUAUACUGUCUGACCAGCUUUCAUGCAGUUGGGCUCUUCGUAGCAUUCGACGCGUUACUCGGCCUUGGAAGGCUACCCCAUCUUCGGAAGCUCGUCGCCCAACCACAAAUUGAACCACACGAUUGGGCCGCUGCCUUCCCUCAUGGGAGACGGGACGGGUUCUUCCCCGCACUUCAACAGCUUAAACUGGACGGCACGCACGCGAACCACGAGUGUUGUAUCGCACUUGUGGGCGCCAUCGCUCCUACGUCGCUCUACUCCGUUUUUCUCGAUCUGCGCUGGCCAAGAGGAAGCCCCGCUGAAGCACUAUUCACGGCUCUCUGUGCUGCCCUGGGCGGCAUUCCCUCCCCAGAUACCCUCCAAGAAAUCAAAAUCUCCCUGGGUCGUGCCAGCUUCGGAGACGGCAACAUCUACCAUUCCGCAUGCUUUGAGCCGCUUCUCUCUCUCGGCGCUCUCCGUUCUCUGCGCGUCGAUGGCGGUCCCAGAGUCGUUGUGGACGAUGCCAUGCUGUAUGCAAUGUCGCGCGCGUGGCCCGCCAUCCGCACCCUCCGAUUUGUAUGGUCACCCGUCAUCGGUGGCCAAUCCGACCCUUUUGAUUGGCACGAGUCUGGGUAUCGUCCGCCAGCACCCGAUGCACCGGACCGCCCGCGGGCAACCCUGGCGGGCCUUGUACCGCUUGCGCUGCGCUGUGCGGAUCUGGACGAUCUCGAGGUCGCCAUCGACAUGCGCAUCGUCCCGAGCUUCGACAGCCACCAGCGCCCACCCGUCUUCCUCACGACCCCGAACUUGUGCAAGGUGAAGACGCUCCAAACUGCGGGAUGCGUGCCCGGCGACCCGUGGGCGGUCGCGAUGUUCCUUUCGCUUGUACUCCCACAGCUACACUACAUCAAUUCGAGCCCGCCUUACUGCAGAUGGGAGCAGGUGCAGGACUAUCAUGCGAAGCUUACGGCGCUGCGCUGGCAAGAACGAGACUGGGGCUUUGAUAAUGGGAAGGACAUGAAAACCCCGGUCUACCCGUAA